CUGUAACAACUUAUCCUUCUCACUACACCUUAUCUUGUUCUAUAGCCCUACUAAACUUGCAGAGACACCAUGAGUUUCAGUGGAAAAUAUGAGGUGGAGAGCCAGGAGAACUACGAAUCCUUCAUGCAGCUAAUCGGAAUUCCAGCAGAAACAAUUCAGAAAGGAAAGGAUUUCAAAUUCACCACAGAGGUGGUGCAGAAUGGUGAUGAUUUCACCUGGUCCCAGAUCUACCCAGGCCACACCAUGACCAACAAGUUCACCGUUGGGAAGGAGUCUGAUUUGGAAACCAUGAGUGGGAAAAAAUUUAAAGCAACAGUCCAGUGGGAUGGCAGCAAAAUUGUUGUAGACUUUGGAAAAUACAAACAUACAUCUGAGAUUGCCGGAGGAAAACUGGUAGAGACAUCAGAAGCUGGUGGAGUUACUUUCAAGAGAACUAGCAAACGACUUGCAUAAGAGAAACCAUCUUGUUUUUUUUUCAAAAAUAAAAAAUAAAUAAAGUUUUCAUUAAAA